AUGGCUCCUCCUAAGGCUGAUAAGCACAGCAGACAGCAGCGAGUGAGCAACCCCGAUGACGAACCCCAGACACCCCCGAAUCCUUACUCCGGCCCUUCCCACAAAACCACUCCUGAUCCUCUCGCCGACAAUGAUGACGAUACUGGCGGAGGAUUUGAACCCCAGAUCAUGUUCAAGGAAACCAGAUUGAUCAACCUCCAACUGGACUCGCCGGCGGUUACCAAACAGCUCUUGAAGGUUGAUCUCAAGGACCGAUAUGACAAAUUGAUCGCGGUCUACAAGGAACUGGAGCAGAAGUUCUACGAACUUGAAAGACUCAACUCUGAACUCCAGGACAAGCCCCGCAAUCAGGAAGAGAAAAUCAUUCGUGAGCGAGACGAGGCGAUGGCUCGCUACCAACGAGCAAGAGAAGAGAGAAACAACGCGCGAGCUGACCUGGAAAAAGCGGUCUCUCGAGCAGCCGCAGCUACGGAAGAGAAGGAUGCCGCUAUUACCAAGCUGCAUGAGAUGGCCAUCAAGGUCUGUGAUCUGCAAACCCGCGCACCGAUUGUGGAGGCGAUCAAGAAGACAACGCGUCUGCCAGACGCACCCAUGCUUAGCGACGGAGUUGACAUCCGUUACGAAUCCUGGAUGACGGGCAUCAAGAGGAAGCUCACAGGGAAUGCAGACCAUUUCCCCGACGCGAACGCCCGUAUCCAGUACGUGCAGAGCCGUGCCGAGGGACAAGCGUUUCGUCACAUGGCUCCCCGUCUGAACGAGGAAUCGCCCGACCCGUAUAAAGACUACGGAGAUAUCCUCGCGCAUAUGAAGACCGUGUUUUCAAACCCAAACCAUGCGGCAGAAGCACGUGCCAACUAUCAGCGGCUCACAAUGAAGCCUCGUGACCAGUUUACUAGCUUCCUUGCGGAUUUUAUGGAGCUCGCAAACGAGGCAAAUAUCCAUGUCGAUAACCGCAAGGUUGACCUGUACGAAAAGCUACCCCCGUUGUUGCAAAUCCAGAUACUGGAGGAUCACUGUUACGAACCCCACUAG